AUGCGCGUUUUCACAUCGAUAGCUGCGCUUGCAGUGGCUUUUUGCAGCACAGCUAUAGCAGCGCCGUCUCGUCAUACCAGAAGCAGCGCACAGGAAAUUGAUCUGGAAGUCCAGACCUCCAGCGGAAAAAUAAUCGGCCUCAUUAACGGAACAACCCCCAACGUCCGCCAAUUCCUCAACGUCCCAUACGCCCAACCACCGCUGAACAACCUCCGUUUCCGUCCCCCGCAAGCCUUAUCCCAGCCCCGAGAGACCAUAAUAUCCACAAGCCUAGGCCCAGCCUGUCCCCAGAUCCACGGGACAAGCGCAUCCAUUGACAAUACAGUUGUGACACAACUCAACUUCAACGGAUCCACAGCCGAGGACUGUCUCAACCUCGCCAUCUGGGCACCAUUACACACCCCAAACAAAAAGACAGAACUCCUCCCGGUAUUCAUAUACCUUUUCGGCGGUGGUUAUACAACCGGUGGAAUCGAUGUAUUGUAUCAAAUUCCCGCCCAGUGGGUUGAGCGCACACAGGCUCAUAUUGUUAUCUCACUUAAUACUCGGGUUAAUAUCUUUGGGUACCCCGGGUCUGGGGCACUUGAGUUCCAGAAUCCGGGGCUACUGGAUCAGAGGAUGGCGCUUGAAUGGGCGCAGGAGAAUAUUGCUGCGUUUGGUGGAGAUCCGGAUCGGAUUGUUCUUUGGGGACAGAGUUCUGGGGCUGGGAGUGUUGAUCUACUGAACUUUGCUUAUCCAGAGGAUCCCAUUGCUAGUGGGUUUAUUUCGGAUUCGGGUUCUGUGUUUCUGAACAAUCAGAAGUCCGAUGCUACGUUUUCGAAUUUCAGUUAUGUGGCUGAGCAGGUGAAUUGUUCGAGUGCGAACUAUACGAUUGAGUUGGAGUGUAUGCAGGGUGUGGAUUAUGAGACUAUUGAGACUGUGAUUUUGGAUUAUGAGGAAGCGGGGAACAAUCCGUUAAAGUUUGUGCCAUUUGUUGAUGACAUUUCUAUUUUUGGGAAUUAUACGCUUCGGUAUGAGCUGGGUGCGUUGUCUGAUCGGCCUGCUAUUUUUGGAACGAAUCUCAGAGAGGGCUAUGAGGCUGCGCCUUGGCCAAGUGAUCCUGAGACGACGGCGGCCAAUGCUACUGUGGCAGAUGGGUAUACGGACUAUGCGUUCUUGUGUCCGGCGAUGCUGACGACGGGGUAUCGAGAGACACUAGGAUUGCCGACCUUUCGGUAUCAGUAUCGGGGUAAUUUUAGCAAUAUCUCGCCGUAUUUCUGGUUCGGCGCAUUCCAUGGCUCGGAGUUGCCGUUGCUGUUUGGGACUUAUGGGGAUUACCGAGGGCCGCCAACUGCCUUCGAGAAUGAGGUUAGUUAUACGAUGCAGGACUUCUGGUUGGCUUUUGCGAGGGAUGGAGCCAAGGGUGUGGAGGCGCUGGGAUGGAAGAGUUCUGCGAAUGGCGAUGGCGUGAAUAUUCUUGCCGAAAUGAAGACUCGCAAGGCGUCUACGAUGAUUCCUGCAAAGGACGUCGAUACACCUUGUACGCAAGCGGUGAUUGAUACCAUUCUCGGUGGCGCCAACCCGUUUGCUGUUGUUGUAUAG